AUGUCUGAAAAAAAACCAGAAGACUAUGUUAUUUUUAAGGAUUUCGAAUCCUUGGAAACAAUAGAUUGUCAUGUAGAAAGUAGAUAUACAUCGAAUGCAAAAUCAAAAUUUUGUGAACAUGAAUUUUAUGAUUCUAAUAAUAAUCCAGAUUACGGGUUUGUAAAUACAUGUAAGAGAUUCGUAACACUUUUUGACACCUUAAUGGAAAAUUGUUCUAAUGAUGUAAAUCUAGUAAAAGAAAGAAAAUAUCCAGAAUUCAUGAACUUCUGGAUAAACUAUAAAUUGAAAGAAACUGGUUAUAGUGAAAAAGAACAAAGACAAUUUUAUGAAAAAAUGGCUAGUAACUAUGAUAAGUUCAUAAAUGAUGAAAUGAUAAAGAAUAAAUUAUAUGUUAUAGUAGAUAAAUAUUUUAAAAAUAUGGAUACAUUAUAUCAGUUAAAUAAAAUGCUAUAUAGUCCAUCAGAAGAAAAAUAUAAAAACUGUGAUGAUUUCAUGGAGCCAUUUAAAAAAAUAUAUAAUGAAGGAUUAAAAAAAUGCUAUCUUGAUGGUGAUGCUAAUCUGGGUAAAGGAUUACUAAGUUUCAAGAAUAUAUAUGAAGAAGGUAGAAUAAAGCAUGUGAAAUUAUGUAAAGAAAAAGGUUUACCGCCUUUACCUGAAUUGUCAUUAAUGGAUACCACAGAUAAUAAUAAAUUAAGAAUUCUGCCAAUGUGUUAUGAAUUACUUCAAUAUACUCCUAUAAAAUCAGUGGAUCGUCUUCCUAAAAUAACAGAUAAAAAUUAUCCUGAUUUAUAUAAAUUAAUUUCUUUGCAUUAUAAUUUCCCCUUUGAAUACAAAGAAGAUGAAGAUAAAUAUCUUAUGAUAAAAAUACUACAUCAUUUUAUACAAUAUUGUAAUGACAACAAGAAUAAUCUGAAAUUAGCAUCAUUUAUGAAAGAAUUCAUGAGUGAAUAUUACACAAAGUAUAAAGAUGUAUAUGGAAAUAUAUUUAAAGUGUGUAAGCAUAAACCUAAUUCAAGAACAUAUUGUGAAUUAUAUGACACAUGCAAAGGAAAAUUUGAAAAGGAUUUAAACAUAAUUGAAAAAAAUUCAGAUAAAUAUAUUGAGGAACAAGAAGAAUAUAUCAAAAAUUUGUCUGCAUUGGAUUUAUGGAUAAUAAAAGCAAAAGCUAUGUUUCAGGAUUCUGAAGCAAUGUCCAGAAUUUUACCAACAGUAAUGUCUACAAUGGUAGCAAUUGUUGUGUGCUUAUUCUUUCUAUAUAAGGUUUUUAUAAAUUAUAUUUAA